UGAUGUGUGUUUGCCGCUUAAAUGUUUAUGCUGCUACUGCAAUAGAGACUAGAAAGCGUUUUUAAGGAUAUAUGAAGACUGUCUAAAAGAGUGCUUUUAGAUUUACGAGUUUGGCCAGUUGCUGUGUCUGGAUAGGCCUCAGAUAUGAAGUGUCCAAUUUACAGUGAAGAUUGUACAGUUUUAUGCCACAUGGAGAAUCCUGAAACAGACCUCAGUGAGGUGAAAGGUCACCCCAUUUCACAGCGGAAAACAGCCAGCCCGUGCUCCCCCGCAAAGGCCAACAUCUCCACCCCGCUGGAGACCAAAAACAAAGGCCCUCACAACAAAGAAAACUACAAGGGAAAGCGCCUUUCCCUGGAGGUGGCAUCAGACGAUGAGGUGAUUCUAAGUGGUGCCAGCCUAACUGAGGACAGUGGGUAUCUUUCCCUCCAAAACAGCCAGCUGGAUCACAGGGAUGUGGAUGGCGUAGACUUGUGCGAGAGGAGUGAAGAAGAAAGUGUGUCAAGUCAAUCCUCGGACGUGGAGUGUCAUUCCACUUCCUGUCUCCCCGUGCUGAAGUUCCAAGAGGAGGUGUGCCGAGAACUGGCGAAAAGCUUUAAAAAAAGUAAAAGUUAUGACUGGUCGGUCGUUGACAAGGUGGCUGAGAAUUACGGGCUCCAUAAAGUGAUUGGUGGGAAGAUGGGACUGGAGUUUGUGGACAUCCUUGGUGGCCUGUUGAGGAAAGACAUGCGGCACAUUCUUGCCAGGAUAUUGUGCCUGUUGGAGGAUUGUGACUUAGUAAGCUGUAAGAAAGUGAGUCGGACGUGGCGAAGGGUCAUUUGCCAAGACCAGGUGGCCCUCCGGAGGUGGCAAGAAGCAGAGAGAACCUUUAGGGACUCUGGGCGGCCCGUAGGAUCAUGGACGCGAGAUUUCACCUCAAGUAGGGCGGUGUUCUCCUGCGUGCAGGCUGUAGCUUCUACACCCAUUCACAAAGCUGUUAAGAAGCUGCAGUGCCAGACGGGUGGGGUGCAAAACACGCCUCGGUCAAGUCGCUUCCAACAGUUUCAUGAGGCUGCCAAAUCGCUUAAACAGCAUGAAUCACUACGAACAUGCAUUCUCUGCAGUUCUCCUGCGCGGUUUGAUGCAGCCAUGCAGCGGGCAGUGUGUACACGCCUCAGCUGCGCAUUUGAGUUUUGCACACAGUGUCAAUCAGCAUUCCACAGCUCCGCCCCCUGUCGCAGGGCCACCCGUAUGUGCUCUGCUCCCCAAAACACACUUAUCCCGGGCUCUGCUCGAAGCAAAAGAAACGUGCGUCGUCUAUGAUGUCAUCCAAUGGGAAACAACGUUACAGGGAACUGCCUCUUGUUUUGAAAAGACUUUUAGAAAAUGAAUCUUUUAUGUUUAAUGUGAUGUGAAUUUGACCACUUUUGUGGUCGUUGCACAAAUUGAGAAAAUACAAUCACCUUUUAUUGCCCAAAAAAAAGAAUUCAAAAGGGGGUUAAGCAGCCUCCUUAAAUUGUAUAUAUUUGAAUGUUUUAUAAGAUUUUAUAGAUGUUUUAUUAAUGA